AAGCUUAUUAACUCUUGCUGUUCGUUCCCAGGCAAAACUGCAAAGUAAAAUUCAUCAAGCCAUCGUCAUGGACCUAAGUGCAGCGACGCUUAUCUUCCUCUCCCUCAUCUCCCUGCCAAUUUUGGUGACCUUGCUCAGCCGCAACUCCAAGAAGAGGCGGCCUCCAGGCCCAAGGAACCUCCCCUUGAUUGGAAGCCUCCUCCAGUUCGUCAAGUCGCAUCCGCAUGUUGCUCUCCGGGACCUAGCCAAGAAGCAUGGCCCGGUGAUGUUCCUCCGAUUGGGCCAGAUCGACACUGUCGUGAUAUCCUCGCCGGCGGCAGCGCAGGAGGUGCUCCGGGAAAAGGAUGUCAUCUUCGCAUCGCGGCCGAGCCUUGUGCUCUCAGAGAUCUUCUGCUAUGGUAAUCUCGAUAUUGUGUUUUCGCCAUACGGCCCCUAUUGGCGGACGCUGCGCAAGCUCUGCACGGUGGAGCUCCUCAGUUCCAAAAUGGUGCGGCAGUUCGCACCCAUCAGGGAUGAAGAGAUCUUGUCCCUCGUUAGGAAGAUCCAAGCCGCUGGCCAAGGCGGCAAGCCCGUAAAUCUCGGCAGGCUGCUUUUGUCCUGCUCGAACUUGAUCGUAACAAAGGCGUCAUUCGGCCAGGUCUGCAGCAGCGAUCUCCAGGAGCAGUUCCUCUCGGCGCUUGAUGUGGCCCUCAAGGUCAGCGGGGGCUACACCAUUGGGGACCUAUUCCCAUCGCUGUGGUUCAUUGACGUCUUCACUGGGUUGAGGCGCAGGGUGUGGCGAGCACGCUGGCGGAUGGACACCGUCUUAGAAAAGAUCAUAGCUCAAAGUGAGUCCCAGCGAGGUGAUUCCCUUCUGGGAGUCCUCCUCCGGAUAAGGGACGAGGGGGAUCUUGAAUUCCCCAUCGACACGACAACCAUCAAGGCAAUUAUCCUGGAUAUGUUCUCUGCAGGGACGGAGACGACGUCGUCAUCUGCAGAGUGGGUCAUGUCUGAGCUCAUGAGGAAUCCGGAGGUAAUGGCCAAGGCACAGGCUGAGGUGCGACGAGUAUUUGACAAUAAGCAUCCACAGGAUCAUGAGGGUAAGAUGGACGAGCUACACUAUACUAAGAUGGUGAUCAAGGAGAGCAUGAGGCUGAACCCAGUGGCGCCUCUACUCCUCCCCCAUUUUUGUCGAGAGACAUGCGACAUUCAUGGGUUCGAGGUCACGAAGGGCACUAGGGUCAUGGUCAAUGUUUGGGCUAUGGCAAGGAGCCCCGAGUAUUGGCAUGAUCCAGAGAAGUUCAAGCCGGAAAGGUUUGAGGAUGGCACGAUUGACUACAAAGGCUCCCGAUUUGAGUACUUGCCAUUUGGGAUCGGAAGGAGAAGGUGCCCCGGUGAUAACUUUGGGCUGAUUACGCUGGAGCUUAUUGUUGCACGCCUUCUCUACUACAUCGACUGGAGGCUCCCAAACGGAAUGCGGUCCGAUGAAAUUGACAUGGACAUACUCAUGGGUGCAACGCUCAGGAGAAAGAACCAACUGCACCUUGUGGCAUCACCAUAUAAGGUCGUUCCCGUGCAAAGCUGAACGACCGAGCAGUGUGUUUGCUAUUGGUGGCCAACAUUCGCAGUCGUAGUCGACACGAAUGGACGAAAAAAUAUAAAUAAUCUUGGACAAUAAUGCCUUGACUCGUGCUCUGCAGUAACAUGACACGUUGAGUAUGUACUUAAAUAUGCUGUAUCUAAAGUUAAGUGUUGGUUAUGAAGGUAUAUUUAUAAUGGACCUAAUAAUGUACCUGUUUACUUGUUGUCAGCCAUCAUCCUUUUGGUCAUUGGAUCGUGGGUGGGCAUCUAUGAU